AUGAGCGAUUCUGGACCUACUUGCCAAUUCUUUGCCCCAUAUCUUGAAUCCGGUGACAACAGGCAUCAACUAAAGCCUGAAUUUCCUAAUGCUGAUAAAGAUUUCAAAGAUCUCUCUGACAUUGAAAGCCAACCUUUCAAGAAACCCAGAACUUCUGAAGUUGUAUUGAUCUCUGCGAUUCCCAUGGCGCAGAAUAAUUUGUUGCCUUGUAAUUUCAAAACCAGACUUUGCAAUAACUUCAAAAUGGGUAAUUGCCAUUAUGGGCAGAGCUGUUGUUUUGCCCAUGGAAUCAGUGAUCUCCGCAAGACUAGGCGUAAUUGGCAAGGACUGGAAACUGAGGAGGGCUUCAAGACCAGGACUUAUGAUCAUAGAAGAACUUCUAAUGAUGUAUGCAGAUUGUUCUCUAGUGGGGGAAAAUGCUCAUAUGGAGACAAAUGCCUCUAUCCUCAUCAUAACUCAGAAGAAUAUCUAAUAAGAUUAUUGGGAGUGUAUGAGGCGAGAGAGAGAGAGACGACGACGAUGAGAUUGAAGAAGACGAGAGGUUGCGUGUUAUUUUUAGGGUUUAGAAAAGGGCCUGGGCAAGAGAGAAGGGCCUGGGCUUCAAAAAAUACAACACUAAAUGGAUUUUGUAUUAUGAAAUCACUAAAGUAA